CCGCCCUCUGCACCCCCGGGCCGCCCGGCGGGGUGGUUAUUUUCCCGCGGUUCCUUUUCUUCUUGAGGAAAACUGGAUGUUUAGAAUGGAUUGGUUUCACUGCAACCAGUGUUUCCGAAAAGAUGGGACUCAUUUCUUUGUCACCAGCUGUGGCCAUAUUUUCUGUAAAAAAUGUGUGACUAUGGUUGAAACCUGAGGAGAAGAUGUUCUUCAAAAGCCCUGUGGAGACAGCUUUGCAGUAUUUUAGUCAUAUUUCUCAGGUGUGGAGUUUCCAGAAGAAGCAAACAAAUCUCCUCAUUGCCUUUUAUAAGCACAGAAUUACAAAGUUAGAAGCUGCCAUUCAGGAGGCACAGCAAACAGUGGCCAACCAGGACAAAGAGCUGUCAGUCUUGAGAAAAGAAAAUGAAGAAAUGAAGAAACUUAUAGCCUUCCUAAAGGAAUCUCCAAGUCGGUACCAAGGAAGCAGGCUGACUACACCUCGACCAGUGGGCAUUACUUCUCCAUCACAGUCAGUUACGCCGCGACCCAGUUGCCAGCAUAGCAGCCAGGUGGUCAGCCGGUCCUCCUCUGUGGAAUCAAUCCCUUAUAGAGUGCCUGGUUUUGGUACUGUGGGACAAGAAGGCAGAGUCCUGCAGGGAAGGAGCACUCCCAGAGACUCUAGCAUUGAAACUCCUUCACCAGCUUCAACUCACAACCUAUCUUACAGAACUUCAUCUGCCUCCUCUGGGCAGGGGACUUUUUGUUUCAGACCAUUUCUAAAUGGGGAGUCAGGCCACAUAAGAGUCCUCACCCCUAACAAUCCUGGUCAAAGGGGGAGCAGAACACCUCUGGAGAGUUUUUCUGGCUUCCAACUACCAGUCAUGCAGACUCUUUACCAACAGAGGCAGAUGGGAUCAGGUAGGGAGAGAGACGCCUACACCACUCCCAGAUAGAUCAUCGUCAAGGACUCAUCUAUAUGUACGGCUGAAAGCUGGACUGUAGCAUCUGGUAUCAGUCCAGGGAGAUGGCCUUGGAAAAUGGACGGUCUCACUCUGUACCUUACUCCUUGUGUAGCUUUAUCCUACACACCCUAUACCCUACUCCCCCAGGAAAGUGGUCAGGUCUUACACAAGGCUAAUGCUUCAGGAAGAUGUUUCUCUCUCCCCCGCAAAAAAUAUGUAGCUCCUUUCAUUUCCUGCAGUAUGAAACUAAACUUGUAAAGUCACUCUUGGCAUCAUGCAUGGGAGAUUCGAUGAUGUCCUCAUCAACUCGUUUCUAAAUUUCACGUUUUAGCUUUGGGGCUCCUGUCCCAUUACCAGUGUUGGCAAGCAGCAGCUCUCUGUCCUUGUCCUCAUUUACUCUACCUUCCCUGUGUAUCCAUUGUUUCCUCUGUGCCUGGUCACUGUUAAAUGUGUUGAUUUUCCUUUGAUAGAAAUAUUUGGAGAUGUAGAUUUUCAGUUUACUAAACUCUAUAGAUAAGAAGAUGCCCCUUUAUGACUAUUGCACCUGUUACUAUUAAAAGCUGGAAUGGUGGGAUGAUCAACUGCAGUUACUUGCAAACCUCCUGUAUCUCUGAGGUUUGAAGUAUCUCUUGAGGCUGAAGCCUCAGAAAAUUUAGUCACUGUCAUGUGACUUCUGGAAAACAAUGAAACAAUGUGUGUGGUGACAGAUGCUGACCUUCUGCA